AUGCCUUCUACAAGAAAGCGUACGCGUGCUGCAGGGCAACCCGCUGGUGACCCGGCACGAAAGAAGGCUAAAUUAGCUGAUGGUGAACUUACCAAUGGUCACGGUGAACACAUUGUUCAGCCUGACUCUAUAUAUGAGCCUUCAUCUGAGGACGCUGAGGCUGGACCCGCCUUUCCAUUCGAUGGAGUUGGACCCGCCCCUCCUACAGGAGAUAACUUCUGGAUUUCCUAUGGUGCUAUAGGGAAUAUCCCUCUCGGUAUUCAUAAUAAGCAGGUUGCUUCAUGUGAUAUUGAGUUCUUACAGGUUGACCCCAGUGCAUGGCCAUGA